AUGGCUCAGGGUGACCCGCAGAGGGUCCCCCAGCUCAAGGAGCGCUGGGAAAAGGUGGUGUCCCCAUCCCAGUGUCAUCUGAGGGGCUGGGCUGAGACCGAGCAACUCAUCUCACCCCCUGGGGCCGGUGCUUCACCAGUGGGGUCUGGCUCCAGCGAUCCCUACUGCGUGGUCAAGGUGGACAACGAGGUGGUGGCCAGGACAGCCACAGUGUGGAAGAGCCUGAGCCCUUUUUGGGGCGAAGAAUACACCCUGCGCCUGCCCCGCAGCUUCCACAGCCUCACUGUCUACGUGCUGGAUGAAGACACCAUCGGGCAGGACGACGUUAUUGGCAAGGUCUCACUCAGCCGCCAGCAGAUCUUGGCUGAGCCGCGAGGUGUCGACAGCUGGCUCAGCCUGGCACCCGUGGACCCCAACGAGGAGGUGCAGGGUGAGAUCCACCUGGAACUGCGGGUCGCCAAGCAGGGCCACCCACGGGUGCUGCGCUGCCACCUCAUCGAGGCCAGGGACCUGGCCCCCCGGGACCUCUCAGGUACCUCGGACCCCUUCGCCCGGGUGUCGUGCUGCGGGCACACAUUGGAGACGGCCGUGAUUAAGAAAACCCGUUUCCCACACUGGGAUGAGGUGCUGGAGUUCAAGCUGGCGGAGGGCGAGCUGGGGGGGGCCGUGCUGAGCGUGGAGGUGUGGGACUGGGACAUCGUGGGCAAGAACGACUUCCUGGGACGGGUCGAGUUCCCCCUGGAAACCAUCUGCAGGGACCCCACCGAGGGCUGGUUCCAGCUCCUGCCCUUCCCCAGCAGCGCCGAGGACCACGGGGGGCAGCUGGGUGCCCUGCGCCUGGCGGUGCGGCUGGUGGAGGACACGGUCCUGCCCGGCCCCUACUACCAGCCCCUCAUCCAGCUCCUCACCGAGCCCAUCCUCUGCCCUGGCCAGCCCCCUGCCGGCACGGCCCUGGCUGUCCUGGAGGAGGUGACCUCAGGGGAGAGCCGGCAGGACGUGGCCACCAAGCUGGUAAAGAUCUUCUUGGGGCAGGGGCUGGCUGUGCCCUUCCUGGACUAUCUCACCACCCGCGAGCUGGCCAAGACCACGGACCCCAACACCCUCUUCCGCUCCAACUCGCUGGCCUCCAAGUCUGUGGAGCAGUUCAUGAAGGUGGUGGGGCUGCCCUACCUACACGAGGUCCUGAAGCCUGUGGUGAACCGCAUCUUUGAGGAGAAGAAGUACGUGGAGCUGGACCCUGGCAAGAUGGAGCUGAGCCGCAGCAGGAGGAUCUCCUUCAAAGGGUCCCUGUCGGAGGCACGGGUGAGGGAGAGCAGCCUGGAGCUGCUGAAGGGCUACCUGGGAGACAUCGUUGAUGCCAUCGUGGGCUCAGUGGAGAAGUGUCCCCUCGUCAUGAGGGUGGCCUUCAAGCAGCUCCGCAGGCGGGUGGAGGAGCGGUUCCCCUCGGCACAGCACGAGGAGGUGCAGUACUUCUCCAUCAGCGGGUUUCUCUUCCUCCGCUUCUUCGCCCCCGCUGUACUCACCCCAAAACUCUUCAGCCUCCGGGAGCAGCAUGCUGACCCCCGCACUAGCCGCACGCUCCUGCUGCUUGCCAAGGCACUGCAGAGCAUCGGCAACCUGGGGCUGCAGCUGGGACAGGGCAAGGAGCCGUGGAUGGCCCCACUGCACGCCGUCCUGCUGCCCAGCGUCACCCGCGUCAAAGCCUUCCUGGACAGCCUGGUCACGGUGGACAGCACUGAGGAGGGCGAGGGGUCGGUGCUGCCAGAGCUUUCCCGCCCCUCGGCCACCAUCAAAGAGGGGUACCUGCACACCCGCACGGCAGGGGGGCCCGUGCUGCUGCCCCGCUUUGCCUUCAAGAAGAGGUACUUCUGGCUCAGCACUGAGGCCCUGACCUACUCCAAGUCCCCGGAGUGGCAGGCACGCUGCUCCAUCCCCGUGCCGCGGAUGCGGGCGGUGGAGCGGGUGGACGAGGGCACGUUCCAGCACCCCCACGUCAUGCAGAUCGUGGCGCAGGAUGGCGCCGGGCAGCUCCACACCACCUACAUCCAGUGCAAGAGUGCUCAGGAGCUGUGGCAGUGGCUCUGGGCGCUGCGGCAGGCCAGCAGCGCCAACGAGGCCAUGCUGCCCACUUGCCACCCGGGCGCCUUCCGUGCCGGCCGCUGGACCUGCUGCCUGCAG